AUGGCUUCCCGUAAUGAUUUCCAUCAGACUCGCUACGUACGGAUGGUUGUUGAUUCAGAUCAGCUACCAUGGGAAUACAACAUUCUCGCCAGUUUGGCACACUGGAUAUUGCUUGCAGGAUAUCUGGUCAUUCCAGGAACAUUCACAUCACUACAGAAGUCAGAUACACUGAAACAAGGACUGAUAAAAGACAAGACUGGGGAGGCUAUCCUCAACACUAUACAGAAUCCACCACUUCUAGCUACAGCUUGUGUCUUCUUCUUGGUUGGUUGUGCUAUCAUGCUAUGGCUAUAUUGGCUAUUCCAACACAACUAUAUUUGGCUUGUCAACAGGUUAUUCAUUCCAACUCUACUUAAUGCCCUGGCGGGGCUCUUGACAACGACCAUCAAUAUAUACACUGCAAAAGACGGGGAUUGGUCAAUAAUGGCGCUUUUGACUUUCAUAGCUUCAAUUCUCUCUGUGGCCUCCUCUGUGAUCCUUACAUAUAUCUACAAGUUUAGGAAGCUGAAGAUGGUGAUAGAGGAGCAUUUUCGUGAGAUAAACUCUCAGUCCAAUAGAGCUAAUACGGCAUAUCAAUAA